GAGAUGCGCCGGAGGCCCGCGCAGUGCGUGCGUGCGCGCAGAAUUGACAGCCAAGUUUGAGCGGGUUUCGCUCCGUGACGCCGACGCCGUCCGCUCUUCAAGAUGGUGCAUAUAAAGACAAUCGUGUUCGCGGCGCUGCUGGUGGCCGUGGCAGCCAAGCCCCGCCGGAUCCACUACAAGCGGGAAGCGCCGCUGAGCCCAUCCUACCUGCCACCAUCGGGCGGCCGACCUUCGAGUGGCUACGGAGCCCCAGCGCCUUCGUCCAGUUAUGGGGCCCCCGCACCCUCGUCCAGCUAUGGCGCCCCUGCGCCGUCGUCCAGCUACGGAGCCCCGGCACCAAGACCCUCAAGCACCUAUGGAGCCCCAGCACCUAGACCAUCGUCUAGCUAUGGCGCCCCUGCCCCAAGGCCGUCUAGCAGCUAUGGUGCCCCAGCACCUAGACCGUCGUCCAGUUAUGGUGCCCCCGCGCCAAGCAGGCCCUCGAGCAGUUACGGCGCCCCGCCUCCGUCUUCCAGCUACGGCGCUCCCGCCCCAAAGCCCUCUAGCAGCUACGGAGCACCGGCCCCAUCUUCCAGCUACGGCGCUCCCGCCCCAAAACCUUCUAGCAGCUAUGGAGCACCCGCACCAUCUUCCAGCUAUGGUGCUCCCGCCCCGCGCCCAUCUUCAAGCUACGGUGCGCCCGCGCGUCCUCCAGCGACCAGCUAUGGCGUGCCCACCGGUCCUUCCACGACCUACGGCGCUCCAGCUCCUAGACCUUCCAGCAGCUAUGGAGCUCCCGCACCUAAACCUUCCAGCAGCUAUGGCGCUCCUGCCCCUUCAAGCUCCUAUGGAGCCCCAUCUCCUCCCUCAAGCACUUACGGUGUUCCGGCCCAGCCCGCCCCAGUCCCGUCUAGCUCUUACGGCGCGCCUUCGACCUCUUACGGCGCUCCUGCCCCGUCAUCCACGUACGGCGCUCCCGGUGGCAGCAGCGGCAGCUUCGGUGGAAGCAGCAGCUUCGGUAGCAGCAGCGGAAGCUUCGGCGGACAUGGAAGCAGUGGUGGAAGCGGUUUUGGCGGCAGCGGCUUCGGAAGUGGUAGCGGUUUUGGAAGCAGCGGACCUUCCUCAAGCUAUGGCGCGCCUUCAGCACCUUCGUCCAGCUACGGUGCUCCAGCUCAGACCCCAUCUAGCAGCUAUGGAGCUCCUAGCUCUGGCGGAUUCUCUGGUGGACAUUCCAGCGGUGGUUUCUCCUCCAGCGGCUCAAGCGGCUUCUCAUCUAGCGGCAGCGGUUACUCCUCAGGAGGUUCUGGUGGAUUCGGUGGUUCUUCUGGAGGCCACGGCUCAGGAGGCUACAGCUCAGGAGGCUCCGGUGGAUUCGGUGGUGGAUCCGGUGGUUACUCAUCAGGCCCCGCCAGCGUACCUGAUACCAUCCAACAAAGCUACGACUCUAAUGGCGGCUACUCUUAUUAGGCGGCGUGAAUGCGCGCCAAUCAGUGCUGUGUGUGAUGCUAGGCGGUCAAGUGUUACCUGAUACUUAAAGUAGCGGCAAAAUUGAAAUAACUUGUAAAUAUUAGUACGAGUCCAGUCAGCAGGUGUAAACGGGUGAGGUAUUCAAAAUGCUCUUAUUUUCUUAGGAAAAAAUGUGCUCAGAUCAUUUUGAACACUUCCUCCUUUUAGCGUAAGUAUUCUGCAAGUAUGGUUUUUGCCUGCGAACUAGGUCAAGAUUGCCGAUUGCUUUAGAAAAAAGUCUUAUGAUAUUAGACAUUAAAUAAUAAUUAUCAACUUGAAUAUAUACCUAUCUAACCGAAUUUAAACUGUCGUGAGACAUACUUACACAUUAAACUAAUUUUACGGUUUAAACUCACGUGUUUAUAAUCACUCUCGAGAUAUUUUGGAGAGCCUAGGUCUCCUUUCUUAAGCACUAACAGUGCGAGCAGCGUUCACCACGGCCGUGGUUCGGAUACCCUGGCGCCUGUUAGUGCUUAAGAAAGAAGACCUAGGCUCUCCGACUAAAAACACCUGAGUUUAAACCAUAAAAUUAGUUUAAUGAAAAUAUAAUUUACUUAACUCUACCAUUGAUAGGUAAUAGAAGUAUUAAACAGGUAUUUAAAAAAUAAUAGCAAAAAUAAAUAGCAGAAUGACCAAAAUGUUUUUCAACGUUUUAUUAAUUUUGUAAAAUGAGGGCAUUUGUAUAAUUCUUCGGAGAAUUGUGUAUAUGUCGUUGUUUUUUUAUCAUACAAUAUGACAAGUACCUGCAAUGUAAGUUUAAUAUCUUAACCUAAAGUCCGACAUCAGAGAUCUUCCACUCGAUUGAAAUAGUGUAUUUAAUAAACUUUAUUUUGGUCAAGAUUUCGAACUUUAGGUUCAGGCCCUUCCAACGCCUUACCGUGGCCGUGUCGUGUCCUGUCGUGUCGUGUCGGUCUCGUCUCGUUAUACUCACUGUGUAUGUAUCGUAGCAACGAAAAGUAUUAAUUAUUUAAUUUUAAUAAGCAAUUGUACAAAAUUUAGUUUAAGUACAAAAUAUUUUGUAAAAAUAAAGUUUUGUAAAUAA